UUCUUUACCCGUUCUUCUGUCAUGUUGUCAUUCAUUCGCUGUCAGUUGACUUCAGCUGUCGGUUCCUCUAGGAUUCGGCAAAAUCUAGCCGAUUUCAAAAGUAUUUACCCAAAAUUUACGAGAACAAUAACGAUGGCCAGUGAAGGAAUUUCGCCGCAGGAGAUCGAGGCUCUUUGCCAAACCCCCGACCCUUCAACUAGGGACUUCAUGUUCCAACAAACGAUGUACCGCAUCAAGGACCCUCGCAAGUCCAUCCCUUUCUACACCGGAGUGCUUGGUAUGAGUCUUCUCAAGCAGCUCCACUUCCCAGAGAUGAAAUUCUCACUUUUCUUCAUGGGGUAUGAGAACCCUGCUGAGAUUCCAUCCGAUGAGGCCACCAGAACAGCUUGGGCCAUGACCAGGAAGGCUACUUUGGAGUUGACAUAUAACUGGGGCACAGAGAGUGAUGACUCCAGCUACCACAAUGGCAACUCAGACCCCAGAGGUUUUGGACACAUCGGUAUUCUAGUUAAGAACGUGGAUGAAGCUUGUGCCAGGUUUGAACAACAAGGCGUGAAGUUCAUCAAGCGUCCCAACGAUGGCAAGAUGAAGGGCUUGGCCUUCAUCCAGGAUCCCGACGGCUACUGGAUCGAGAUCUUCUCUAGCAAUGUUGUUUAACACCGUAAUCAGCGAUCACCAUCAUUAUCACCAAGUUUGGUGCAGUGAAAGGAUUAGUUAUUUUAAGUGUGUAUAAGAAAUU